GUGACUGUUUUACUUGCAAAUGGCGGCAUCUGUACUCCUUCGUGGACUUUGUAACCUUCGCGUCUUAUCAGUUAAGAAAACGCCACUAACUUAUCAGUUCAGCAGAGCCAUGUCUGGGAUGCUAGUUGAAGAUCCAAAAUACUCUUGGUUGCAAGAGUUAGAUUUGUCAUCGACAAAUAAGGGAGUAUUUGACGGUAAAUGGUAUGGAAACGGCGAGACCAUUACCUCGUAUUGUCCAGCUAAUGGCAAACCCAUUGCCAAAGUUAUUCAAGGGUCUGAAAAUGAUUACGAACAAGUGAUGAAGGCCGCUCGUGAAGCAUGGAAUGUUUGGGCUGAAGUUCCAGGUCCACAAAGAGGAGAAAUUGUCCGACAAAUUGGUGAAGCUCUUAGAGAAAAAAUAACAGUAUUGGGAAAAUUGUUAAGUUUGGAAAUGGGUAAAAUUUUACCGGAGGGCGUCGGAGAAGUGCAAGAAUAUAUUGAUGUUUGUGAUUAUGCUGUAGGCCUAAGCAGAAUGUUCUCUGGCAAAGUGAUCCCAUCAGAAAGACCAGGUCAUGCUCUCCUUGAACAAUGGAAUCCUCUGGGUGCUGUAGGUGUAAUUACAGCAUUUAAUUUUCCUAUUGCUGUAUGUGGUUGGAAUUCUGCUAUUGCUUGGGUAACUGGAAAUGUCUGUAUAUGGAAGGGAGCCCCAAGUACACCUUUGGUUUCUGUCGCUCUGACAAAAAUUGUUCAAAAAGUUCUUGAAGCGAAUAAUCUACCAGGCGCUAUCGCCUCUUCUAUUUGCGGCGGAGCCGAAAUUGGACAACGAAUGGCAAAGGAUGAACGAAUUAAUCUCCUAAGCUUUACUGGAAGUUGCGCUGUUGGCAACAAAGUCGCAUUAACAGUUCAAGAAAGAUUUGGAAAAUAUUUGUUGGAAUUAGGAGGCAACAAUGCCAUCGUUGUUAACAAAGAUGCUGAUAUUGACAUGGUUGUAAGAUCUGCAUUAUUUGCCUGCGUAGGUACAGCUGGUCAACGGUGUACUACAACAAGGAGGUUGAUCCUUCAUGAAGAUGUUUUCGACGAAGUCGUUGAAAGACUAAAGAAGGCAUAUUCUCAGGUGCCAAUGGGUGAUCCAUUAGAUGAUGGAGUUCUCUACGGUCCCCUUCAUAACAAACAAGCCGUUGCUUUGUAUGAAAAAGCUGUGGCUGAUGCUAAAGCUCAAGGAGGCACAAUAGUCUGCGGUGGAAAACGUAUAGAGAGGGAAGGUCACUUUGUUGAACCAACAAUUGUUACUGGCUUAAAGCACGAUGCUGAAAUAGUACAUAGAGAAACUUUUGCUCCUAUUGUCUACGUCUUGAAGUGUAAAAGCGUGGAUGAAGGAAUUGCUUGGAAUAAUGAGGUCAAACAAGGGCUGUCCAGUAGUUUAUUUACUAAAGAUCUUGGUGAAAUUUUCAAAUGGAUGGGACCCAAAGGCUCUGAUUGCGGUAUCGUCAACGUAAACAUACCUACGAGUGGAGCAGAAAUUGGCGGUGCUUUUGGUGGAGAAAAACAUACUGGUGGUGGAAGAGAAAGUGGCAGUGAUUCUUGGAAACAAUACAUGAGACGUUCCACUUGCACUAUCAACUAUUCGAAGGAUCUUCCGCUAGCCCAAGGCAUCAAAUUCGAAUAA